AUGGCACGACGAAAUUCAUUUGACCAAGCGUCAGCUGGCUUCCGUGCCCAUCUACCGGACCUUAGCAGUCCGCGUUUCACAACAGCGGCAGAACAGAACAUCUACGAGUAUGUUCAAGAUAUGCAAGACAACCGUGCUCCACCAUGGCUAUACGAUCUGACAAAGGUCUGGGAAAAGCUACUGGAAGAGCCAUACAAAGGUAUCACAAAUGACGGAAAAGUAAGGGAAGGUCUCUUCAAGGCACAAGACGAAGGCGCGGAUGUGAAUGGUGCGGUUAAGAAGGCCGAAGAGCUACUCGCCGGUCUGGACGGUGAGCAGAAGAAGAAGGUCUCAUAUCCAAUCAAUGCGAGAGAGUGGAGAGCAUGGAGUAACCCAGAGUUCCUUCUAAGACCAUUUGGGCUGAGGUUGGAAGAAGUUCCCGAAAGCACUGCACAGUCAAUCCUGGCGGUGGUAGAGGCAUCUCUUUCACCAGAAGGCUACCAAAAGGCUCUUGCGGCCAUGCGUGUAAAUCAUUUCCUGGGCGAAGUCUGCAAGCUACCCAACAUCUUGAACAAGUACUCUUACAACUUUCUGCUGUUCGGCACACCCUCCACCUCCGCUACAUCGCCUUGGGGCUGGCUCCUCUACGGCCAUCAUCUUGACAUUUCAUGUUUCUACAAAGGAUCCCAGGUCAUUAUGAGCCCCUCAUUUACCGGUGCAGAACCGAACAUCAUCGACGAAGGAGAAUGGAAAGGCACCAAGAUCUUGCACAAAGAAGGAAGCCUGGGCUGGAAACUCAUGCAAAGUCUCAGCCAUGAACAACAGCAAAAAGCACAAAUAUUUAAGAAAAUGAGAGACGAAGGCAUGAAGCAAAUUUACGGCAAUUCCAACAACGACGAAACCAAGCGCGAUGAGCUCAUUACUGAUACCUGGGGUCCGGACGACCAGCGGCACAGAUGUGGCGCCUUCCGAGACAACCGUAUCGUUCCUUACGAAGGCGUUCAGGUCUCGUCCUUCGACUCCUCUCAAAAGGAACUCAUCUUAUCCAUAUGCCAGGAGUUCCUGCUGUAUCAUCCAACCAAGGCGCGCCAGCUCAAGCUCGAACAGAUCAAGCAACACAUCAACGAAACGUACUUUUGUUGGAUUGGAGGCUUCGGCGAAGACGACGCGUUUUACUUCCGUAUACAGAGCCCGGUCAUUUUGGUCGAAUUUGACCAUCACUCCGGUGUAUUCCUGACGAACAAGGAGCCAGCGAAAUACCAUACGCAUACCAUCGUAAGGACACCGAAUGCAGGGGACUACGGACAGGCCAUCAGGGAAGGAAAUGAAAAACUAGAGUAG